AUGUACCUCGGUAAUGUUAACUUCCUCAGUAAUGAGGAAGAGGUUGACCUAGUGGUUCAACUAGUUUACUGUUCUCAACAUGUCCUUUGUGUUGAGGUUGACCUCGUGGUUCAACUAGUUUACUGUUCUCAACCUGUCCUUUGUGUUGAGGUUGACCUCGUGGUUCAACUAGUUUACUGUUCUCAACAUGUCCUUUGUGUUGAGGUUGACCUCGUGGUUCAACUAGUUUACUGUUCUCAACAUGUCCUUUGUGUUGAGGUUGACCUCGUGGUUCAACUAGUUUACUGUUCUCAACAUGUCCUUUGUGUUGAGGUUGACCUCGUGGUUCAACUAGUUUACUGUUCUCAACAUGUCCUUUGUGUUGAGGUUGACCUCGUGGUUCAACUAGUUUACUGUUCUCAACAUGUCAUUUGUGUUGAGGUUGACCUCGUGGUUCAACUAGUUUACUGUUCUCAACCUGUCCUUUGUGUUGAGGUUGACCUCGUGGUUCAACUAGUUUACUGUUCUCAACCUGUCCUUUGUGUUGAGGUUGACCUCGUGGUUCAACUAGUUUACUGUUCUCAACCUGUCCUUUGUGUUGAGGUUGACCUCGUGGUUCAACUAGUUUACUGUUCUCAACCUGUCCUUUGUGUUGAGGUUGACCUCGUGGUUCAACUAGUUUACUGUUCUCAACCUGUCCUUUGUGUUGAGGUUGACCUCGUGGUUCAACUAGUUUACUGUUCUCAACCUGUCCUUUGUGUUGAGGUUGACCUCGUGGUUCAACUAGUUUACUGUUCUCAACCUGUCCUUUGUGUUGAGGUUGACCUCGUGGUUCAACUAGUUUACUGUUCUCAACCUGUCCUUUGUGUUGAGGUUGACCUCGUGGUUCAACUAGUUUACUGUUCUCAACAUGUCCUUUGUGUUGAGGUUGACCUCGUGGUUCAACUAGUUUACUGUUCUCAACCUGUCCUUUGUGUUGAGGUUGACCUCGUGGUUCAACUAGUUUACUGUUCUCAACCUGUCCUUUGUGUUGAGGUUGACCUCGUGGUUCAACUAGUUUACUGUUCUCAACCUGUCCUUUGUGUUGAGGUUGACCUCGUGGUUCAACUAGUUUACUGUUCUCAACCUGUCCUUUGUGUUGAGGUUGACCGUGGUUCAACUGGUUCUCAACAUGUCCUUUUUGUGAUUCAUUAA